GCCAUCGGCGGGAAGAUGUCGCCCGGCUGCCCCGGAAGCGCUCCGGGAGGCGCCAACAUGGCGUGGCGGUGCUGGGCCCGCGCCGCGGGUCCGCGGCCGCACAGGCUGGCGGUGCUGCUGCUGCAGCCGCGGCGGGGUUUCCGCCGGGCGCGGCCGCGGCCCGAGGAGCCCCCGGCCGCCGCCGCCGAGGCGCGGCCCGUCCCCCCGGCCCGGCGCCGCAGCCUCUGCCCGCCGUCGCCCACCGCGGCCGCCGGCCGCCCCUCGCCGCGCCGCCUGGUGAAGCCGCUCCUGUUCACCGUGGGGUUCACAGGCUCGGCCUUCGGCUCCGCCGCCAUCUGGCAGUAUGAGUCGCUCAAGUCGCGCGUCCAGACCUACUUUGAGGAAGCCCGAGCGGACUGGAUGGAUAAAAUGCGGCCGCAGAAGAGAGGCGACUUCAGAAAGCAGGUUAACAGCUGGUGGAAUAACCUGACUGAGGGUCAGCGGACUGUGACAGGUAUCAUAGCUGCAAAUGUCUUUGUGUUCUGUUUGUGGAGAGUGCCUGGCAUGCGACGGAUUAUGUUUACAUAUUUCACCUCGAAUCCAUCCUCCAGAGCCCUGUGUUCUCCCAUGCUGCUCUCUACAUUUAGUCACUUCUCUCUCUUCCACAUGGCAGCAAAUAUGUAUGUUCUGUGGAGCUUUUCCAGCAGCAUUGUCUCUCUUCUGGGCUGUGAGCAGUUCAUUGCAGUAUACCUUUCUGCUGGGGUUAUCUCCACUUUUGUCAGUUAUGUUGCUAAAAUGGCCACAGGAAGAUUUGAACCAUCCCUUGGAGCUUCAGGAGCUAUAAUGACUGUCCUUGCAGCCGUGUGUACGAAGGUGCCAGAAGCCAAACUGGCCAUCAUACUUCUUCCUAUGUUCACAUUUACAGCAGGAAGUGCUUUAAAAGCCAUAAUUGCAUUUGACACUGCAGGGCUUGCUUUAGGCUGGAGACUUUUUGAUCAUGCUGCACACCUUGGGGGAGCUCUCUUUGGAAUGUGGUAUGUGACUUAUGGCCAUGAGCUCAUAUGGAAGAACAGAGAACCACUGGUGAAAGCUUGGCAUGAAAUGAGGACGAAGAACACAGGAAAGGGAGGAGGUGGAAGAUCUAACUGAUUCUGAUCCUAGAGAUUCCUUGUGCCCAAGUGGUAUCUUACUUGAAGACAUGGGAUUAAAUUGGUUUUGAAGGGUUUUUUGCUACUCCACAUUAAGCCUCUUAAGGAGCUGAGGUUUCUAAUGUAACAAAAUUAUGUUACAAAAAUGCAUAUCCAUAGAAAACGAACUCUGACAAAGGUGGAACAAUAAAGAUUUUUAUCCUAUUGCUUUCUGAGGUAACAGUCUGCAUCACCUUUUUAAAGGUGGAAUAAAACACGUUUUUCAAUUAAGUGACCUAACUCUC